AUGACUGGAUUUUGGUCUUCGUCCAGCAAGAUGUCGUUCGAAAAGCAAGAGUCUCUGCUGAAGCUGCUGAUACUUUCAUUGGCGGCCGUACUAGCGUUCUCAUCGCGUCUGUUUUCCGUUUUGCGAUUCGAAAGCGUUAUUCAUGAGUUCGAUCCAUAUUUUAAUUAUCGAACAACCAAAUUCCUCGCUGAAGAAGGUUUCUACAAGUUUCACAACUGGUUCGACGACCAAGCGUGGUAUCCGUUGGGCAGAAUCAUAGGCGGUACCAUUUAUCCAGGAUUGAUGAUCACUUCCGCUGUGCUGAAUCAUAUUUUCAAUUUCUUCCACGUCACGAUUCAUAUUCGAGAAAUAUGUGUGUUUCUGGCUCCUUUGUUCAGUAGCUUGACAACGAUUGUCACCUAUUUUUUCACAAAGGAACUGACGAGCGAAGGUGCUGGUCUGAUUGCCGCCACCAUGAUAGCCAUUGUACCGGGCUACAUUUCACGUUCAGUCGCCGGUUCGUACGAUAACGAAGGCAUUGCAAUAUUCUGUAUGCUUCUGACAUAUUAUUUUUGGAUCAAGGCCGUGAAAACCGGUAGCAUUUCCUGGUCGUCGUCCUGUGCAUUGGCCUACUUUUAUAUGGUACGACACUAG